AUGAAUGCUGUUACAUCUUCUUCUGCCCCCCAGUCUGUCUCUGCUGGCUCUUAUUCAGAUUCCGACGGCCGCUGCUCACGUCAUGAUCAGCCCCAAGAUUCCUAUCACCAUGCUGUUACUGAUAACAGGCCAAUUGCACGUGGCUUAACCGAAGCUCAGGAGGCCGGUAUCAAAAAAGCUUCAGUGGGAAAAGGUAAUGUGGUCGAUUUUAAGCUACCAUUAGACGAAGUAGAUUUUUCAUAG